AACAAAUAUAAAAAUUUUGGGGGAACCUUUGGUUUGACCGUUAAAACUUUUUUACUACUUUUUAUAAAAAGUGUGCUUGAUAGUGAAGUGUAACCGAAGUUUAACAUAUAUUAAAUUGAAAUUUGUAUAUGUAGAUAUUCUACGAUGUUUCAUUCUCCUUCCAUUCGAUUAUAUUCAUCAGAAAAUGCUGAGAGUGCAAUGGUAAGAAAACCUGGAAACGUUUUAGUCAGAAAACCUUUCAUAGAUAGAUCUGUGAACAGCAAAACACCUGACACUGGAAAGCUGCAAAAAUCCAAGUUAAAUAUUAAGGGCACUACUGUAGAAAAGCCAAAGUUAUCUCCUAUACUAAACAACGAUCUCAGUGCAGAAGAAUUUACAUAUUCUUUUAAGGACGUCAAAGAGUCCUAUGAAGACAUUUGGCCAAAGUCGCGUCUCAGCUCAGAUGACCUUAUUCAAAUUCUUCGCAACUAUUGUAAUGUAGAAGAUACACCACCUCCUUCACCAGAACCUGCACCAAUAGAAAUUAAUCCAAUAUUUUUUGAACUACCACAUAUAGAAAUGCCUGAUUUUCAGCUUGAGGAGGAACCUGCCAAUGAAGUUAUAGAUAUCGACUUGCCAUACCUCGACGACUCCGAACUAGAUUUUUCAAUGUAAUCAUAUAUUUUUUUUUCUAUUUAAAAGCAAAACUAACUUGUAUAAGUAAUCUGGGGAAUAUUAAAAUAUGAAUAAUAUGUAAUCAUAACAUUACAAAAAAUACAGGUUAGAUUUGCUUGUGACUGAUUGUUUUCUUUUAAUGACUAAAUAAAAAUUUUUUUGCAAAAAUAAACAUUUCAAGUAAA